AUUGGCGGCCGUAAAAGAGAAAGGAAGUAUUUAGUUCACUUCGAGGUUUCAUUGGCAGAGAAAGUCGAAGAUUAUUCAGUACUGUGUUUAUCUCCAAGUAGCUGUUUGUUUUUUAACUUGCUUUGAAAACUCGCAACUCUUUGACAAUGUCUUUUAACAAGGGUCCUUCUUUCGGAUUAUCAGCGGAAAUCAAAAACAAGAUCGCACAGAAGUAUGACCUUCAGAAAGAGGAUGAGCUGAGGGUCUGGAUUGAAGACCUCACCGGCGCUUCCAUCGGCCCCGACUUCCAGAAAGGCCUGAAGAGUGGAGUCAUUUUGUGCAACCUUAUCAACCAUAUGGUCCCAGGCUCUGUGAAAAUCAACAAUUCAGCGCUGAACUGGCAUCAGCUGGAAAACCUGACAAACUUCAUCCAAGCUGCCAAAAAGUACGGCCUGAAGCCUCAUGAUAUCUUUGAAGCCAACGACCUGUUUGAGAACGGCAACAUGACGCAGGUCCAGACAACACUGCUGGCACUCGCCAACUUGGCCAAGACCCGGGGCUGCCAUUCCCGGGUGGACAUUGGGGUGAGGUACUCUGACAAGCAUGAGAGGAUGUUUGACGAGGAGAAGAUGAAGGCUGGGCAGUGCGUCAUCGGCCUACAGAUGGGGACCAACAAGUGCGCCAGUCAGGCAGGUAUGAACGCAUACGGCACCAGGAGGCACUUGUAUGACCCCAAAGUUCAAAUCCAGCCCCCCCUUGACAACACCACCAUCAGCCUGCAGAUGGGAACCAACAAAGGGGCGAGCCAGGCUGGGAUGACUGCUCCAGGGACAAGGCGUGCCAUUUACGACCAGAAGCUGGGCACAGACAAGUGUGACAACAGCACCAUGUCUCUGCAGAUGGGCUACAGCCAGGGAGCCAACCAGAGUGGCCAGAACUUUGGCCUGGGUCGGCAGAUCUAUGACGCCAAGUACUGUCCUAAAGCUGGAGAGGUUGCAGAUGAUCAAAACGGGGCAGCUGUCGCCCGUGACUUCCUCCCAGAAUUCCAAGACGAAGGUUACCAAGGUUACCAGGAAGAAGAGCCGGUGUACCAAGAAGAUGGGACAGAUUACUAGAAGGAGGGAGCUGAGGAAGGGAAGUAGAUGUCUGUCCAAAGGAGGCAUGUUCUGCAGAAGGAAAACCCUCAAGGCCCACAGGAUGUUGCACCUUUUUUAUUUUUUUGGGUCAUAUCCUUUUUUUUAGAAAUGUUUGUGCAAACCCAUGUUACACAUAUCAUGAUGGACUGUAUUUCUGUGAUUUUUGUAUUUAAAGUGACCACAUAAGCCUAUAUUUUUGGCUUAGCUAGUUUAUUAUCCCAGGGAUUCUUAUUAAUGUGCCAAAGCCCCACUAUUCUCUCUUUGUCCCUGUUUUGCUGACUCAUUAUUUACAUGAAGGGGGAUACCUAGGUUUUUGUAAGAGCAACAGAAACUAAAAGUGAUACAUUAGGGAGUUUUUUAAAAGUGUUUUUUAAGAACGUGCAUCCUGGUUUUUUGUUUUUUUUUAAUCGAAAACAUCAAUGCUUGUGUUUUAUCUGUAUCAUCUGUAUAAACAACAUCAUUUUCCUGUGAAUGAGAAUGUAAACAUAUUUGUGACUUCAGUAUCUUGCUCAUUCCCUCAGUAUUGGUCAUUGACACACAGUAAUGAGCACUUUUGGUUGGUCAGACAGAUGAGGGAACAAUUUUUUUAUUUUUAUUAAUACUAGUCUUUACUUUUUGUCUUUUCUCUCAUUCAUUUCCCUCGUUUCUUUUUAAUGGAGGCAAUAUUUCCUUUGUUUGAAUAACCAGUCCAACUGGAGUCUAGUUUGUUUUCUUUGGACUGGAGAUGGAGGGGGAGUGGAGAAAUAACACAAGUGAAGUUUUGAACAUUCCAAGCAAGAAUACUGGAUUCUUUUUUUUUUUUUUUUUUUUUUUUUUUUUUUUGUCAGUGAAUAAGUCUUAAAUAUUGGUUGAUAUGCAAACCAAUCACACAAUUAUAUUUGAUCAUUCAAGAUUAUUAUUUAUGCAUCUUUUGGGAUUUAAAUAGGGGUUGUUUUGUACCUUGAUUCUGAAUAACAUUUGGUAUUUGACCAUUCUUUAUCCUCUGGAAUUAUCCAGAAAGUGGAAAAGGAAAUGUUUGUAUUGAGAAUUAUGUGUUUUGUGAAUACGGUGUAAUAAAGAUGUGUAUUCAUUA